GCACCAGCUUCUCCUCCGCGGGAAAGCAAAAUGGCGAAGGGUUGCUGUGUAGCAGGGCUGUCCGUGCGGCUGCCUCGGCCGCCUCGGGCUUGAGCCCCUUGGUCUCCUCCCUUCUCCCCUCACCAGCGCGCGUUUGCCUCUCGGAGGGCGGCGAGAAGCCCGGCCGAAGGGCGGCUUCUCGGGCAGAGCGCAUCGAGCGCACUGAUUUCCCUGUAUGAAGCGGGUGGCCCAACUGGAGAGACCGAAUGAGAGACUCUACGGGGGUGGGUAAUUCAGUGGUCCACAAGCGGUCUCCUUUGCACCGAAACCAAAAACCACCAACAUCCUUGACCAAACUGUCCUCACGGGAUGGACAAAAGUCCAAAAAGCCAGUGUGCAAAUUUGAAGAAGGUCAAGAUGUCCUAGCUAGAUGGUCAGAUGGCUUGUUUUAUCUUGGAACUAUCAAAAAGAUAAACAAACUUAAGCAGAGCUGCUUCAUUAUAUUUGAAGACAGUUCCAAGUCCUGGGUUCUCUGGAAGGACAUACAAACAGGAGCUACUGAAACUGGGGAAAUGGUCUGUACAAUAUGUCAGGAGGAAUAUUCAGAAGCACCCAAUGAAAUGGUUAUAUGUGAUAAGUGUGGUCAAGGUUAUCAUCAGCUGUGUCACACACCAAAUAUCAGUUCUAGUGUGAUAGAUUCAGAUGAUAAAUGGCUCUGCCGGCAGUGUGUCUUUGCAACAACAACAAAAAGAGGUGGCGCGCUUAAGAAAGGACCAAAUGCUAAAGCACUGCAAGUCAUGAAGCAAACAUUGCCUUACAAUGUAGCUGACCUUGAAUGGGAUGCAGGCCAUAAAACAAAUGCCCAACAGUGUUAUUGCUACUGUGGAGGUCCUGGAGACUGGUAUUUAAAGAUGCUACAGUGCUGCAAAUGUAAGCAGUGGUUCCAUGAGGCUUGUGUGCAGUGCCUCCAAAAGCCAAUGCUGUAUGGUGACAGGUUUUAUACAUUCAUUUGUUCAGUUUGUAGUUCUGGACCAGAAUACCUCAAACGUUUACCCUUGCAAUGGGUAGAUAUAGCACAUCUAUGCCUUUACAACCUAAGUGUUAUUCAUAAAAAGAAAUAUUUUGAUUCAGAACUUGAACUCAUGACAUACAUUAAUGAAAAUUGGGAUCGACUCCAUCCCGGUGAACUGGCAGACACACCAAAAUCUGAAAGAUAUGAACAUGUUCUAGAGGCAUUAAAUGAUUACAAGACCAUGUUUAUGUCUGGGAAGGAAAUAAAGAAGAAAAAACAUUUGUUUGGCUUAAGAAUUCGUGUUCCUCCUUGCCCACCAAAUGCUGCUUUUAAGGCUGAGAAAGAACCUGAGGGAACUUCACACGAGUUCAAAAUUAAAGGCAGAAAAUCGUCUAAACCUGUGCCUGAUCAGAGGGAAGUUACUAAUGGUGUGGAAAGAAAGGGGAAGAAAAAGUCUGUAGGUCGUCCCCCUGGCCCGCAUACUAGAAAAAUGAUUCAAAGAAUGUCUGAGCCAUCCAUUUUGGAAAAGGAACCUGUUAUAGUGCAAGAAUCCUCUACUUUGGAUUCUCCUAGCACUACUGGAAGAUCUGAUGGAACUGCUCACUCAUCCAAUACCUCAGAUGUGGAAUCCACAGGUGCUGCCAGUACAAAAGAAACUACCUCAAACAGUAUUUCCAAGCAUUACAGUUUGUCUGAUUCCAGAAAAAGGACACGAACAGGAAGAACUUGGCCAUCCACGAUACCACAUUUAAGGAGAAGAGGACGCCUUCCACGAAAGGCACUCCAGAUUCAGAACCCGGAAAUUGUAAAAGAAGAUGAAGGCAAAGAUGACUAUCAAUAUGAUGAACUUAAUACAGAGAUUCUGAAUAAUUUGGCAGAUCAGGAGCUGCAGCUUAAUCAUCUCAAGAACUCUAUUACCAGUUACUUUGGUGCUGCAGGUAGGAUAGCUUGUGGUGAAAAAUACCGUAUUUUGGCACGUCGGGUUACACUUGAUGGAAAAGUUCAGUAUCUUGUGGAAUGGGAAGGGGCAACUGCUUCCUGACUAUAGUGCUGAAUAUUAUUUGCUGCACUGCCCUUAUCUAUUUAUAGGCAGAGUUUAUACAUUGGAGUGCAGAACAGAACUUAAAUGGAUAUUUGUAAAAAUGAAAAACCAAGUUAGCCUUAACACUUCUUGAACAGAACAAAUUUUAUCAUAAGAGGCCUACCAACUAAAAAAUAAGGCUGGACUCCUAAUGUGUUUAAGAUGAGGAUCUAGACUGUGUUGGGGUGGGAAUAUGGGAUUUCAUUUGCUUUAAAAUAUUCACAAGUCAAAAAAGCCUUGUCUUUAGAGUACAUUCCAUGGAUAUGUUUUUUGUGGGUAGGGACUAUUUUCUGUAAGUAGGACAAUUUUAAGUAAGAUACUUGAUCUUUUCCUAUCCAGAAGUUUGCAAAAGACUAUUUCUACUUUGACAACCCUAGAUUUUCAUAAGGUGCAGUGUAUAUACUUCCUGCUGAGGACUGUAAAAUAUUGAAAUCUUUCAAGCAAAGUGUAAAAAAUAUAUAUUGAGCUUGUAAAUUGCUCUGUGACUAGACUUUGUUGUCUUUUUAAUAUAUUCUUUGCAUGUGUAUAUAUACACAUACGUGUGCAUGUGUAUAUAUGUGUGAUUGUGACCUAUGCAAUAUAAAUUAUGGGAUUGGGCAGCUUUUGACUAUAUAUCCCAUAAUUCUUUUAUCAGGAAUAGUUGCAGUAUUUACACAGCAGCAUUUCUUCUCAGGCUAUAUUGGGUGCUGUUGUUUGCCACAUACUAUAGAAUAUGUGUCAAAUGAGUGCUGGGUGUUCUGGCCGUGAGCGCAGUCAUUAAUGUCAUAAUGCUUUUAGAAAAUAAUUCAGGCUGCAGUUCUACACAUGGGAGCCCAGUGAUUUGGAGUGCCUCUCAGGUUCACGUUAUCCCUCUCCUGUGCAAAUUCCCACUCAUUUUGAACAAUUUACAUGGAUUAUAUAAAACCUAAAACCAAGGCCUACAUUAGUUAGUUCUAAGUGAAGAGGGAGGGAUUAAAAGUACAUAGUCUAGUUUUCUUGUUAAAGAUACCUGGACACUGUGCAGCUAUACCAGGGCAGGUUUUUGAGAUGGCGGUGCUCAACUCAUUUACAUUCAACUCAGAAGAAUUUUUAAGCAAGCAUGUAUAGGAUUGCACUGAACAUUUCCUCAAUUGAAGCAGUCUGACCGCACACAGCCUUGCAGUAUCAGUUUAUGUUGGGAAAAAAAAACCCUAGCUGUUUGAGGCACAGGCUUGAAACUUUGAGCAUGAGCUCUGCUUAAGAGAAGAAUUCUAAUAAUUUGUGACAUGUUGAUUGUAAAAUGGUUUUCUUUGCAGUUACUUAAAAAAAAAAAAGCAGGACUCACAUUAAGAUUCCUCUUGUGUGUGACGAUAAGUGUAGUUGGAACAAAAAGUUUAAUUGCACAGGGUCAACAAACAGUAUGUUGCCACUUGAAGUAACAGUACUGAUUUUAUUACAAAAUUACCUCUUCUGUUAUUAUAAAUGAAUCAAGUUUUAAAAGGAUAACUUUAUUUUACUUGUAAAAUAACAAGGUUUUUUUUGACUGGGGUUAGGUGGAUUUUCUUUACCUGAGUUUUUUUUUUUUUAACCAAAGAGUAAAUAUUUUUAUUUUGAAGCUUCUUCAUUUAAUUAGCAAAUGUCUUAAUAUUAGACAUGGGUUUGCCAACAGAAUAAAUUGUCACGCAAAAGUUAAAUAACAAUUGGGAAAAAAGUUGUCUGAUGAAAUACUGCUUUGCUACUUAUUUAUGUGAUUUGAAAAACAAAAAUACUGUUAUGAUUAUCAAGGAAAAAUAUUUUUAUCACCUUUUAUAUAGCCAAAGGAAGAAUAGAUAAAAUGUGUUGCCCAGUGUUUGUGGUUUUUCAGAAAACUUAGUUUAAUAAAAGUGAAAAUUAAAAUUUACUUCUGCUUGCCUUCACUAAAAAUGUGGGUCUCUUUUUCCAUUUACUCAAUCUCAGCUAUUAAGUUAAAGUUGCCUUGCCUAUAGCUACAAUAUUUUCAUAAGAACAGGUUACUUUUUAAAUGUUGGUCUCUUGAAAUAAUGCAAAAUGUAGUUUUAUUGUAACACAACCAGUUUUUAAAUUUUCUUUUCUGCAAUCUUUGUAAUUCACAUUGAACACCAGCAGUAUUUGCAGUAGGGCUUCCAUGCAAAGAUCACUAUUGGAAUCUGGUAGGGGAGAGAAUGUGAUAAACUAUCAAUUUAAUUGUGAAUGUGUGUUUUCAUUUGUCAUGGUGGUUGACAUGUUUGUAUUGCUGGAACUGUUUUCUAGAAUUCGAAAUCAACAUUAAAUGUGUGUAUUUUUAAGAA